AUGAAGGCCGUCCCCUUCUACGUUGGCUUUUUGGUAGGAACCGUCACAAUGUACAGUAUGCUGCAGCAGGAGUGGCUUCAGGGGACUUUGUCAACACAGAAAGCGUUGAACCUCAGUGAUUACCAGAAACAGCUUGAGGAAGAAAUUAAGAUGUGGAAAAAGGAAAGAUCUGCCCUCUUCAACCUGAAGCAUCCUCAUCAUACAGGAGAGGACAGUCGCAUGGCUGAUGAGCUGUACAAAAAGGUUCGUGUCCUGUGCUGGGUGAUGACCGCACCAAAAAACCUGGAGACAAAGGCUCGCCAUGUGAAGUCUACUUGGAGUCGUCACUGUAACAGUGUGAUUUUCAUGAGUUCUGAGGACGAUCCAGACUUCCCCACCGUGGGCUUGGGCACGAAGGAGGGGCGGAGGCAGCUGUACUGGAAAACAAUAAAGGCGUUCCAUUAUGUCUAUGAGCAUCACUUCAACGAGGCUGAUUGGUUCCUCAAGACAGAUGAUGACACUUACGUUAUCGUAGACAACCUGCGAUUACUUCUUGCCAACCACACACCAGAGGAGCCAAUUUACUUCGGCCGAAGAUUCAAGCCGUAUGUAAAGCAGGGCUACAUGAGCGGUGGGGCAGGAUAUGUGCUGAGCAAAGAGGCUCUGCGGAGAUUUGUGGAGGGAUUUAAAAACAAAGUGUGCACUCACACUUCCUCUACAGAGGAUCUUGCAAUGGGGCGGUGCAUGGAGAAAGUCGGGGUGUUGGCAGGGGACUCCAGGGACGGUUUGCACAGGGAGACAUUCCACCCAUUUGUCCCCGAGAGCCACCUCACAAAAAAGUUCUCAAAGAGGUCCUGGUAUUGGCGCUACAGCUACUAUCCCAUCUCAGAGGGUCCAAACCACUGCUCGGACGUAUCGGUGUCUUUCCACUAUGUGCAUACUUAUCGUAUGUAUUUAUUGGAGUACUACACCUACCACCUGCGUGCUUUUGGUUACAGCUACCGCUAUGAGCCCCUUGCUCCAUUUGGCUAUGAUAUGAAGAUUUCAAGUGCCCAAGAGGCAAAUGAAGGACAAAAGAGUCCAACUUCUCAGGAUUAAGGACAAGGAGAAGAUGUGGAGGAUCUCUUCGGGCCUGUGAAGAGACAGUGUAGGCUGAACAGUAGGCUUUUUAAAAGAGUGUGCAGGAAACCAUUUGACAUUCAUUCAUUUACUCA